ACAAACACGCCGCUAGUCAGCAACGUUCAAAUCAAUCUUCGUUUUUUUGAAAAGGAAUAGUUCAAGAACCCACCAAAACCUAAAAUCCCAAUCGUCGAUAAUUUGGUGGAAAGGUUGUCUUAAGCGAAUCAACGACCAAUCUCGGACCACAUUCCUCUGUCUCCUCCUUCGAUUUCGCACAUCGUAAUUGCUUUGCUGAGAGGACGACGACUGAUAUCAUAUAAAUCGUUGCCUAGCUAAGAACCCUAAUUUCUUCGAUUGAUCAUCCUUCGCAAAUGGCACCCUCGAUGUCCAGUUCGCAUCCCGCGUCUGAAACCCCUAAAUUCGAUUUUCCCUCCAAUUUAAAAUCUUCCGAGAGCUUCAGAUUUUCUCCGGGCUCAAUUAACGGCGCUGGAUUUCACUGGUCGAAAGCAGGUCCGGAGAAGUCAAAUCCGCCGAGCCGAUCCAAGCCGAGGCUGACGAAGAUCAGGAGGAAGCAAGCGGCGGCUCGUGAAGUCGGGGAGUCGGUUGCAACUGAUUUGGGGUUGAGCGUCUCACGCGACGAAGUUAAGCUCGAUUGUAACUUUGGGGAUUCGGCUGCGGGUGAAAGUAAGAGUGCAGGAUUCAAUUGGAGUGCAAACAAUGGGGCUUGGGAUGGAUUAGGGUUCGUGCUUGGUAAGCGUUUGGAUUUGAAUUUGGAAAGUGAGCCUUGUUCAGAUUCUGGUGUUGAUAAGAAUGAAUCACUUUUGAAUUUAAAUUUUAGUCGGCAAGAGAUUAAAGCUGAAAAAUCUAGCGAUAUCAAAUUUACAUUAGAGCAAGAAGUUUUGAAUAAUGAUGGGGGGUUUCGAUUUCGAUUUCCUUUUGAUCAGUGUAGGGAAGAUAGUAGCAAUAGUUUUAUAUUUGGUUCUACUAAGAAUGAAUCUACAGGAAGUAGCUCGGGUUCAAAGAUUGAAAAGAAUGCUUCUGUUAAAGAUGGUGGAAAUGCUGAUACUGAUACUAACUGUGUAGAAAAUAAUCAGAAAUUUAUGUUUGGUUCUGGUAAAAGUGAUGUAAAAUCGGGUGUGGAUUCUGAGGAUAAUCCAACCAGUACAUAUAAGGACAUGUUUAAUUUCGCAAGCGGUGGUAAAGAAGAUGAUAAGUUUCCAAAUGCUCGUCGAGAUGGUGUUUUUGUUUUUGGAGGAUUGAAUGAGAAAGGGGGAUUCAAUUCUUGUGGUGAUAAUGGUUUUGGGCAGCAUAUAAACAAUUCUGUUUCGGAUAGUAGCUUUAAAUUUCAGAGCAGUGGCACUUCUGGUCGAGUAUUUGAGGAAAACAGUUCGUUUUGUAUAUCAAAUGAGAUGAACAAGUUGAAUAUUGAUGAAACUAGCAGGCGAGGAAGUUUUUUUCCGGUGAAGGGUGGCGUGUUUGUGUUUGGAAGCAACCUAAGUAAUCCUGAAUCAAGUGGAAAUUCAUCGUCUUUCUCCACAGAUGGUGGAUUCGGAAUCCUAAAAAAUGGUAGCUCCAUGAAUAAAGAUGAUACUGAUGGAAAAUUUUCUGGAGCCGAUCAAUCAGAUAUGAAAUUUGCAUUUCCAAGCUUCAGUUUUACUCUCGGCAGGGAUAAUGAAAAUGCAGAACCACAGGUGAAGAAAAGAUCGAAGAAGAAGAAUGGAAAGACAAGACCAAAAACCAUAGUUGAACAGUUGUUAGGUGGAAAUAAGGUUCAGCAAAAUCAAAAUUCUUGUGAUGUUGGUUCGCCGAUGGAUUUUUCGCCUUAUCAAGAUGCUAAUGACGGCACUAAAGUAACGGGAGAAUAUGUUGCAGGCGAAACAGAUGCUGUGGAGACCAAUUCAAAUUUGUCUCCUUCGGUACCAUCACAAGAUGGUCUGUCGUCUGUGAGAAAUGUUUAUAAAAAGAAGUAUAAGUUAAAAGUCGGCUCGAAUCGCAAGGUCCAAUGUAAUGAUUCCGACAAAGAAAAUGCAGAACAGGAACCUAGAGGGACUACACCUCAUGAAGUGUGUGAGCAUUGGCGAAUAAGGGGAAAUGAGGCUUACCACGCCGGAAAACUUUCUAAAGCCGAGGAGUUCUACACGAUGGGAAUUAAUUCGGUGGCGCAUGUUAGUACCUUAGGGUAUUCCAUGAAGCCGCUUUUACUCUGCUAUAGCAACCGUGCUGCCACACGAAUGUCACUUGGGAGGAUGGUGGAGGCCAUUGGAGAUUGUACAAAAGCAGCGGCGCUAGAGCCGAAUUUUCUGAAAGUUAUAUUAAGAGCUGGAAAUUGUUACCUGGUGUUGGGAGAAAUUGAAGAGGCAAUUCAGUGUUUCGGUAAGUGCUUGAAUUCAGGGUCCGACUUUUGCUUGGACAGGAGAUUUACGAUUGAAGCUGCAGAGGGACUGCAAAAGGCAAAGAAAGUUGCCGAGCACAUGCGCGAAUCCACGAAGCUCUUGCAAGAAGGAACUCCCGAUGCCGCAAGCAGUGCUCUUGAAAAUAUUGACGCAGCUUUGUCGAUAAGCCGUUACUCGGAGAGGUUAUUUGAGUUGAAAGCAGAGGCUUUAUGCAAUAUGCGGAUGUAUAUUGAAGCAAUUAACUUCUGUGAGCAAACUCUUGAUGUUACCAAAAAGAAUUAUGAUCCGGAUCAUUCAGAUAAUCCCAACUACAAGAAUCCUCGUGUUAAAUCAUGGAGGCGGAACCUGCAGAUUAAGUCAUAUUAUCAUCUUGGGAAGCUUGAAUUGGCGCUUGAAUUGAUUGAAAAGCAAGAAAAGUUGGGUGUCAGCGAUUCCAAUUCGGAAAGCUCGAUUCAGGAUUUGCCAAUUUCUUUUGCUGCUACUGUACGGGAUCUUUUAUGUUUAAAGAAAUCAGGAAACGAAGCCUUUACUGCUGGACGGUAUGCAGAAGCAAUAGAGUUUUAUACCUCUGCAAUAUCGAAAAGUUUUGAGUCGCGCCCUUUUAUGGCCGUAUGCUUUUGUAAUCGUGCUGCUGCGUACCAAUCACUCAACCAAAUCGUAGAUGCCAUUGCAGAUUGCAGUAUAGCAAUUGCCCUUGAUGAAAAUUACCAAAAGGCAAUAUCCCGGAGAGCUACCUUGUAUGAGAUGAUAAGAGAUUAUAAGCAAGCAGCAAUUGAUCUUCAGAGUCUGGUCGAACUUCUUGCGAGGAAAUCUCAAGCCAAGAAUCAACAAAAUGAUUCUCAAAGUAGAUCGAGUGGAGGAGGCAGUGUGAGGGAUUUAAGAAAAGCUCGUCGUCGUCUUUCCUCAGUUGAAGAGAAGGCUAAAGAGGAGAUUUCCCUCGAUCAUUACCUCAUUUUAGGAAUCAAAUCAUCAGACACAGAAUCUGAGAUCAAGAAGGCAUAUCGAAAGGCGGCUCUCAAGCAUCAUCCGGACAAGGCCAGCCAGGCCUUGGCGAGAAGUGACCAUGGGGAUGGUGGUACUCUCUGGAAGGAAGUUGGUGAGAAAAUCCACGAGGAUGCUGACAAGCUAUUCAAAAUAAUCGGGGCAGCAUAUGCUGAACUUUCAGAUCCAUCCAAGCGAUCCAAAUACAAUAUACAAGAGGAGUUUAGGAAUUCUUACAAGGACAGCAACAGAAAUAGCAAUUCAGGUCAACCAUCGACAUCUUAUAGUUCUCCAUACGAACGGGAAAGUAAUGUGUAUGGAAGACAUUCCGGAUUCGGCACUUCAUUUCACAGAAACAACAGCCGGCGACAUGGUUUUGACUCAAGAACUUACGGAUCUUCCUAUUCCCGAUGGUAGAUCAAGCAAAUUCACUUGGAAAUACACAGAAAGUUCUUAUAAUCGAAUAGGAUUGCAGAUUACGGGCUCUUCCCGGAAGGUAAUUCAAGAUAUCCAUCCUUGAAUGAUUUUCUAUAUAUCUUCGACAUUUUUUGGACGUGCGGUUGAUUAUCCCGUUGCAUUGAUUUUUGAGCUAUGUUGAAGAUGCUGGAAGAUGUUUCGAAUAUUUGAAGGGGAAACAUCUCUUGCAGCUUGAGAAAUAUACAUGUCUUUGUUUAUUAAUUUGUUCGAAUGUUAUAUGAAGAAACUUCGAUUGUUGAAUUGGUUGUCGUGGUGGGAUCGUCCAUUGUGAAGUGUAAUAAUUCUUGAGAGUUGGGGCAAUUUGUCGAGAUUAAUGUUGUACUAUUUGGUAGAUUUUGAUGUUUUUCUGAGAUCACAUGAAAUUUGUUCGAACCAAAUACUUAUGGCUUGUGAAUUUGCGAUGAAAUUACCUCAUUUUUCCGACAAGAAUGAA